AUGGCUUGUAGGCUGAUGCUGGCGACCCUGGAGGAUAUUCGUGCCGCGCUGAAUGUGUUGGCCCUGAACUUCGACCUCAAGGACAAGGUUGUGGAAGAGCUGCUGAAAGUAGGGGUUCGUAACUUGGAGGAAUUCCGCUUCUUGUUCGGCCUGGGGGAUGAGGCAGCCGUCCAGACAGCCCGGCUGCGGAGAACAUGGGCUGCCGCCCGUGUCUACUUUUCUCAGGAUCGCUCCAAGGUGGCUCUUGCAGAUCUGGACUCCUUGUUGGAGGAGUCGGAGCUUCGCGACGCCAAGCAGGCGUUUUGGCAGAGGUACCGCCUGAGGUUCCCGGCUGAAGUGUGUGGAGUGUGGAAGGUGCGCUCCCUCCAAUUUCAGUUGGGCACCUUCCAGAAGAAGAGGCGACUGGGCGAUGGCCUCUUGACAGAGGAGGCUGAGACCGAGGAAUCCUACACCGCGGAUUGCGACACCUACCUCAACAAAUUGCAUACAUUGCUGAUCGCAUACUCCCUUGCAGGCUCCCAGCCCAUUCCAGGCGCCUCCGAUGCAUCCAAGGAGCAGACGCUGGGGCUGCCAGCCAAUAAGUGCCUGGCUUGGUUGCAAGCCCGGGAUGCAGAAGAGCGGUUAGAAUGGGUCAGCAAGUACCGUGAGAGUACCAGACCGCUGCGUGGGGGCCGUGGUGAAGACUUGGUUCCGGAUGUCUCUGCGCCACCAGCAGCCGCAGCCCCGGCGCCAUCUGCGCCCAAGCCCACUCUGGAGUCCAAGUUCCUGCCAGGGCCAGUCAUCAACGGGAAGUUGACAGCCAAGCAGAUGCGGGACGGCCUGCGCCUGUGCGAGGGAUUCAUCAAAGGAUCGUGCUCCAACAAAA